CAGCAGACUACCAAAUGGAUGGCAGAUAUUUUGAAGCCAUCCUGGGAGCUGUCAUCCUCACCGUCGUGCUGGUGCUGAUCUGUCUGGCCGUGGUCCUGAUCCACUACAUGUUCAGUCACAAGGGCUCAUACCGCACCAACGAGGCCAAGGGCACAGAGUUUGCAGAGACAGCGGAUGCAGCGCUGCGAGGCGACCCAACCCUGCGGGACGCUGUAGAUGUUAGCAAGAAGGAAUACUUCAUCUAAAGCAUGUGCAGACUGCUGCUGCUGUACGUCACAGUGUGUUUUAUGUAGAUCUAUGUGGUUUUCGAAGAUGAUAUACAUAUUCAACUUUUUAUUUGUUUUCACCUCUGAAGGACUCAGCCUCACAAUCCCACAUGUUGAACUUAUACAGCUGAAUUUAAAUUUGAUCAUAUUAUUUGAUAGGGACGAUGCAAUUUGACAUAGUUAGUUCCAAUACAGAGUAUUAAACUGAUGAGCUGCACACCAAGUUUGUAGCUAUUGCUCUUUUACAUACAUACAGUGAAUUGCAAAUAUACAGCUCUCAGUAUCAUAAAACCCCAAUACACUACAUACAUGGAAAUACAAUAAAAUACACACCUUGGUAAUUUACAAUUAGCUAAAAUGGCUACAGCUCUGGUUUGCUUUAAGCAUCAUUUAACAUUUGUUGUAACAAAUUGUAUAUCUGAAAUUAAUUUGAAAAUGUAUUCCAGAGAUGACAGCCCUUUAUGGAUAAAGCUGAUUUUAGAUUUACGAUGCAGUGUUCUACAGUCAGCAUGCUCCCUGUGGUUCUGUUACUGUCUUGUCUUUGGAUAUAUCUGGAAAGAGGCUCUGGGCUAGACUGUUGGAAAACUAAUUUGUAAUGUAACAUAACUUUGCAAGGUGUUUGAAAUAUGCCUAU